GACUCUACUGAUCAUUUUAAGAAAAUACGGUGCAGUAUUGACAAGUUCUGCAGUUUAGCUUUUGUGAGCUUGCAUCCUGGAUAGUUGAGAGUGUGUCAUCCUGUUACUGUCCAUUUAAUGUUUAAAAACAUUGUGCCCAUCCUUGUCUCACUGUUGUCAGCGUACUGGGUUAAUGAAUACACUGCACUAAUGUAAAAGGACCAGUUAGAGAAUGCAACAUGGCAUGUCUCAGACUGAGAUCUGGUGAUAAGGAUCUUUGAUUUCCUGAUCCUUAAUUUAUUCUGUAUCAGUACUAGACAUCCUGCUGCAUGUAUGGCUUCUCUAUUAUCAACCACUGAAAAGUUCAUGAAUGCAUUUUUUAUAGCAAAAGCAAAUUUAAACUUAUGGCCACAGACCUUGUCUAAUUGCUCCUCAGUUGAGGGAUUCAAUCAAUAAACCCAGAGGGGACUUUAUACUCCAACAGCAAACACACCUCUAAACUAUUUCUUUGAUUGUGAAGUAUUUUGAGAGGUGCUUUAUAAAUGCAGUCCUCGAAUAGUAAUUUCACAGCUACGCUAUUAAAGCACACCACCUUAAGCAAUAAAUGAAACCUGUUAGAUAUUUUAACCAGCUUACUUUAGUUCCAGAUGAAUAGAAGAAUACUUUAGCAAGUAAUGCAAUUUAAAAAAAAAGAAAAGAUUGCCUCGUUCUGAAGGAUGUGAAGUCAUUAAAAUUUAAAUAGAAAGUUGAGCAUGUGAAAAGAUCGCAUUCAUACUCAUCAACUGAUGAUAAGAUUGCAUUGUUUUAAUUUUUUUUAAAAAGCCACUUCCUGUUCGCAGCAAAAUAUUGUCCUUCGUCCCAUCUUCGAGUUCAGGCAACAAAAGAAAACACAGUGCUGUGAGGGUUGCUUUUGUGGACAAACAUUUGUUUAAAGCAAAACUUGUACUGAACAUAGCACUUUGAAAACAGCCAAGAUGGAACGUCAACAGCCUAAGUGUGUAGUGUUGCCUCUCAGCAACGUAUUCUUGUUAAUUACUUGGUGGAUGUCCACUGUACAAGUUUCAGGAUACAAUCAAACCAAGUGUCAACUAAAACUCGCUUAUUCAAAAUCCACAAUCUAUGCUGUGGAAGGCGGUGAAUUUUCUCUCUCAUGCACCAUGAAUUACUGUAGGAACAGCUCCUCUGUACCAGAAUUAAACUGGUGUAAGCAGACAUCAACAGGUUGCACAUUGUUAUCUCAGCUGGAGGAAUUUGUCAAUCGGACCACAUCCUACUCUCAUUUUGGGCCAGGCACAAUGACCUCUGUCCUCCAUAUCUCCCCUGCUCACAUGAACCACCGUGGAGUCUAUCAGUGUCAGGGCCAACUCCCUAGUUACAGUCCAGCUACUGUGAUGGGCCACAUGAUAACAGUUUUGGUAAAAAAAUUCAAGAUGAUUAUUCCCAAUUCCAAAAUGAGAGGACAAAAAGGAGGCUUCCUAAAGCUUCACUGUACUGUGAAAUUUGAUGAAAAUUUGAAUAACAUACUGAAAGUAUUUUGGACAAAGGACAAUGAAAACUGUAGCCAGUCAAUGCCAAUGAACAGCAACAGUAUCCACAAUGAAUCAAUGGAAAGAGAUAGACAUAAUUUGACACUGAUUCUUUCCAAACUUCAAAAUGAAGAUGCUGGAAAUUAUUACUGCUGUGCUGCUACAUACUUGUCAUCACAGAUCAUUGCAAGAGGCUCAAUAAAUGUGCAAAUAUAUGCAUUCAACCACACCCUGUUGAACACUUCUCUGCUCAUUGCCUGCAAAGCUGUUGUCUUGGUGAUUGUUGUGGCAGUUGGAUUUGCAAACAGAAAUGACAGUGGCAGAAAUCUGAAGAGAGAACAAUGUAGUGAAGAAGAAAAUAAAUGAAAAGCUUAUCAAUGAGAAAUGCUGCACUUCGCAUGGAUCUCAACUUGGAAUCAUAGAAAUAAAUUG